UUGAAUUUCAAAAUAAAUUUAUAUUUUCAGAAAAAAUGUCGGAAAAGGAGAAAAUGAGUGCCGAGGAAAAACGAGCAGAGCGUAGGAAAAGAGCAAUGUUGGGUCCGCUCCCAGAAACCUUUCUCAGGAUACCAUUGGAUGAGCAGCCAUUGUCUGAAGAGGAGAGAGAUCGGGAAAUGGCCUUAGCUCUUCAGAGACAAUUAAAUUUACAAGAACAGCAGCAGGGACAGGGGCAGAUUAUACAGGCAGCAGGGGGACUGGAUACUAGCCGAGCAACUGGACGUCUUACCAUAACUGUUGUGGAAGCUAAAUUAUCAAAGAACUAUGGUGUGACCAGAAUGGACCCAUAUGCCAGAAUACGUGUAGGACAUCAGAUUUAUGAAACUCCAACCUGUACUAAUGGAGCUAGGGAGCCUAAAUGGAACAAAACUGUGAACUGUAUGACAAUGCCUGGAACUAAAUUCCUUGAUGUCGAGAUUUACGACGAGUGUACUUUCUCCACAGAUACUUUAAUCGCACAUGCCUCGCUACGGAUCCCUGACAGUGUACUGGAGAAGGGAGAGCUGUCUGAUGACUGGUGGCCGUUGAGUGGACAGGAAGGGGAUGGGAAGGAAGGAAUGCUGCAUCUUAUUCUCAGCAUGCAAAAAAUUCAACCGGGUUCAGUAGUUGGUCCUGGGUUCCCUGGUCCCCAAGUUCCUCUGGUUGUACCUAAUGUUAGUGGAGGGAAACCUAUGCAUUACACUCCAACACACUUACCAGUACAACAGCCUGCUCCACCUGUGAUGUCGGAGGAAGAUGUUGAAGAAUUCUCCAGAAUGUUUCCUGGCGUAGAGAAAUCUUUAAUUAAGGAGAUAUACUCAACCAACCUUGGAGACAAAGAAGUUACAGUCAACACAUUGCUAGAACUUGCUCCAUAGAUAUUUGAUCUACUUGAUCUACUUGAUCUACUUCAUCUACUUGGUCUACUUGAUCUACUUGAUCUACUUGAUCUACUUGAUCUACUUGAUCUACUUGAUCUACUUCGUCUACUUCAUCUUCUUGAUCUAUUUGGUCUACUUGAUCCACUUGAUCUACUUUAUGUACUUGAUCUACUUAAUCUACUUUAUCUACAAAUCUACUGAUCUACUUGAUCCACUUGAUCUACUGAUCUACUGAUCUUUUUGAUCCACUUGAUCUACUGAUCUACUUGAUCUACUAAUCUACUGGUCUACUGGAUCUUCUUGAUCUACUGAUCUACUGAUCUAUUGAUCUACUGAUCUACUGAUCUACUUGAUCCACUUGAUCUACUGAUCUACUUGAUCUACUUGAUCUACUGAUUUACUGACCUACUUGAUCUACUUUAUUUACUGAUCUACAGAUCUACGUGAUCUACUUGAGUAACUUGAUCUACUAGAUCUACUUAAUAUCUACUUGAUCUACUGGAUCUACUUAAUCUACUUGAUCUACUGAUAUACUGAUCUACUGAUCUAUUUGAUCUACUUGAUCUUCAUGGUCUACUGUUCAACUGGUCAACAGAUCUACUGGUAUUCUAAUCAACUAAUCUAAUCAAUUGAUCCACUAAUUACCUGAUCUACUGAUUAAUUAAUCGUCAAUCAAACCAGAAGAAAAUGAAAUCCCUAAAAUUAAAGAAAAUGUUUAAAUGUUAAAUCGAUUCACUUUAUGUAUAUGUAUUGCUUUCAUUUAUGUCUUAUCAAAAUAUUUACACAAGAGCCCACAAGUUUAUUAUUUAAUAAAGACUAAAUUUGCACUUCAAACUAAAAAAUGUAAAAUUGUGUUAGGAUUAGUAUUUAAGAAAAAUUUAUUGGGUUAGAAACAAAAAUUUUUCUGACAUCUUAUAUAAAAAAGAGUCCUAACUUGAUCCGAACUACUAAUCCAUUUAGCUGCUUUCAUAAUUCCCUUGCAUAAAAAUAAAUAUGUAUCGACACUUCACCAAUUCAGCUAACACUUCCCAACCAAACACUUGCCUAGUCACUUGCACGUUUAAAUUGAUAUGAUUGUCACCUAUUUAUAUUCUUAAAAGCUCCUUUUAGGGUUCUGAAAAGUCCUGUAUUUGGUCCUAAAUUGUCCUGUUAACUGCAAAAUCUUAAAUAGCCUUGUUUGGUGUACAUCAAGGUUCUGUUUGGUCUUUACAAAGUGCUGUUUGGGGUUUGCUCAAGGGCCAAAGCCCAAGGGCUAAUUCGUGGUAUGGCCCAUUUGGGGUCUUUAAUGUUCCAUUUGGGUUCCUUGGGUAUCGUUCGGGGUCCUUCAAGUUUUUGUUUUGGGUCCUGCAAGAUCCUAUUAGAGGUUCUCUAAUGACCCAUUUAGAGGUCCUACAAGAUCCUGUUUGAGAGCCUGUACAGAACUGUUCUGAGUCCUAAAAGACCUGCUGUGCUGUGUAUUAAAUGUUGAUUUAGUUUAAAGUGAUAUUUAUUUUAAAAUUAACUAAUUGAAUAAUGUGAUUUUAAAUGUA